AUGGCACAUACUGUUGAGAUCCAAGUCCCGACUGGCCUAUUUAUUGACAACAAGUUCGUUGCCGCGACCGACAGCCAAACCAUCGAUAUUGAGAACCCCUCCACAGGCGCUCAUUUAGCGACCGUCUCCGCCGCUCAGGCCGCAGAUGUAAACCGUGCCGUCAAAUCGUCCCUGGCAGCAUUCACGACGUCAUGGCGCCACAGCGAGCCAUCCACUCGGCGGGCACUGCUGAAUCGCUUGGCCGAUCUCAUUGAGAGGGACGCCAAUGAGCUCGCAUCAAUUGAGGCGGUUGACGCGGGAAUGCUGUACCGAAUGUCACUCGGCCUGAGCGUGGCACAGGCCGCCGAGACAUGUCGCUACUUUGCGGGAUGGACGGACAAGUUGGACGGGCAGAGCAUGCGCAUCGCAGAGGGGAUGGCGUACACGCAGCGUGAGCCGAUCGGUGUGUGUUCGGCCAUCGUGCCCUGGAAUGCUCCUCUCAUGAUUACAGUCUGGAAGCUUGCGCCCGCCCUCGCGGCCGGCAAUACCCUCAUCAUCAAGACGCCCGAGGUCGCGCCCUUAUAUGGCCAGAAGCUAGCGCAGCUCAUCGUCGAGGCUGGUUUUCCUCCUGGCGUCGUCAAUAUCCUUUGCGGCCUCGGCACUGUCGCGGGCCAGACCCUCGCCGAACAUCCUCUUGUGCGCAAAGUCUCCUUCACGGGCAGCGCCGCUGUCGGGCGCCGUAUUCUCGAAAGCUCUGCGCGGACCAAUCUCAAGCGCGUUACGGUCGAGCUUGGAGGGAAGGGUCCGACAUGUGUGUUCGCAGACGCGGACUGGGAGAAUGCGCUCGCUCACGUAACGGCGGGUAUCACGGUUCACAACGGGCAGAUUUGCGCGGCUGGUAGUCGUAUCUACGUCCAGGAUGAGAUUUACGACCGCUUCGUCGCCGAGUUCUCCAAGAGAACGAGAGACGCCGUUGCUGGAGACCCUUUGCUCGACAGCACGGUCAAGGGACCGCUCGUUAGCGCGGCGCAGAGGGCGCGUGUUGAAGGAUACAUCCAGAAGGCCUUGAGGGAAGACACCAAGUUGCUACAUGGAGAUGCUAGCAGCCACGCGUCGCCAAAAGGCCACUUCGUGCCCAACACCGCCUUUGUUGAUGUUCAACCCUCUGCGACCAUCAUGCGCGAAGAGGUGUUUGGCCCGGUAGCGAGCAUCGCCCGCUUCCGCACCGAAGAAGAGGUCAUCGCGCUGGCCAACGACUCCGAGUAUGGUCUCUCGGCGGCGGUCUUCACUAGCGACGUGACGAGGGCCAUGCGGAUCAGCGAUGCGGUCGAGUGCGGCCAGGUGACGGUCAACAUGUGGGGGACCGUCAAUGCGAACACGCCGUUCGGAGGGUAUAAGCAGAGCGGGUUUGGCAGAGACCUGGGGAAGGAAGGCCUCGAUGAAUGGACGAAUGUCAAAUGCGUAAAGGUGAAUCUAGGCCUCAGCAGACUUUGA